AUGUCCCCGGGUCCGUACGAGCGCAGACCGAGGAUGCGAGCGACUUUGUUCGACGUCUAUCCGGAGGGCGUGGACCCGAAGAACCUCCCGUCCGCGGGGGCGGGGUACGGGCCGCCGCCCGGGAUGGGAUUCUCGAGCGCGGCGAUCACGGCGCAGACGACGCGACACGCUCGACGCAUCUACCUCGGUGGAUGUCCGACAAUGGCGAACGAACAAGAGUUGUCGAGCUUUUUUAACGACGCCCUCGUCGCGGUGGGUGGAACGACGAGCGAAGAGGCGCCGGUGGUGAACGUGUACAUCAACCUGGAGAAGAAGUUUGCCUUCGUCGAGUUUAGGAGCGUCGAGGAGUGCUCGAACGCGUUGGCGCUGGACGGGGUGAUGAUUCAGGGCGAACCGGUACGGAUUCGACGCCCGAACGAUUAUAACCCCCAGAUCGCGCAGGGAUUAGGGCCGUCGACGCCGAACCCAAAGCUCAAUCUGCAAGCCAUCGGUUUGGAUCCGAGCGCGCUCGCGCGGUCCGCGACGACGAACAUUUUACAGGAGGAUCCGAAUCGCAUCUUCAUAGGCGGUCUACCGUAUUACCUGGAGGAGCCGCAAGUUCGAGAGCUCUUGGAGGCGUUCGGGCCGAUCGCGCGGUUUGAUUUAGUGCGCGACAAGGAGAACGGGAACAGCAAGGGGUACGGGUUCGUCGUGUACCAAGACGCCGCAGUGACGGACAUUGCGUGCCAAGGUUUGAACGGCAUGCAAAUGGGCGAGAAGACACUCACGGUUCGACGGGCCGAGCAGGGGCGGACUGAUCUCAUCGGUGGUCAGGUUUCCGUGCCGCCACCGCCGGCGAUCGCACCGGCGAAUCCGCCCUCAGAGGUUGUCUCAUUCACGAACAUGGGCAUCACCGAGGAGGAACUCGCGGACGACGAAGAGUUUGAGAAUAUCAUGGAAGACAUGAACGAGGAGUGUGGGAAGUACGGUAAGAUCAUCUCCGUGGUAAUUCCUAGGCCAAGCAAGAGCGGCGAGUCCGUGACUGGGAUCGGAAAAGUAUUUGUGCGUUACGAAUCCGUCGAGGACGCGACCAAGGCGAGAGACGCUCUGAAUGGACGAAGGUUCGGCGGGAACAGUGUCGUCGCAGAUUUCAUCGAUAUCGAGUCCUUUGCUUCGCAAACUUUCUGA